UUUUUCCUUAUUUAGUACUAAUAUAUGAACACAUAUAUGUAUGUACAUAUGGAUGUACAUGCAUAGGAUGUAGACACAUAGACAUGCAUAUGAAUGUAUAUACACAGACAUGCAUCUACAUCUAAUAUAUGUAGACAUAUACAUCUAACAUAUACAUAUAUGUAUGUAUUAAUUUGAUAAAAACAACCAAAUUAUAUAUAUUUUUUCCAACCUGUGGCCUGUAGUCCUUGUACCCAUAUGAAUUUCAAUGUAUGUAAACAACUAACCACCACUUAGAAAAAGAAAUAAGACAAGAAAUACCAAGCACUACAAUGACCGUUGUUGCCUUUUAUUUAACUUAAAUACUUUGGUUAAACUUUCAUUUCAAGCUAAAAGUAUUCGAACUUGGACAAAGAGUUGUAAGCUAAAGGGUAUGGGAGUCUUGGAGUCUAUAUUUGUAUACAUUCCACUAUUCUUUGUGUUGUAUACAUUAAUAGAGUACCUUAUUCACAAGAUCAGAAAUCUUCCACCCACGCCUUUUCCUUUACUUCCGGUCAUCGGCCAUCUCCAUCUCUUGAAGAAUCCAAUCUAUCGGACUUUGGCGGAGAUCUCAAACCACUAUGGUCCGGUUGUGUAUUUUCGGUUCGGCCAACGCCGAGUUCUUGUGGUAUCGUCUCCUUUUGCGGCUGAAGAAUGUCUAACCAAGAACGAUAUUGUGUUUGCGAACCGGCCUCGUCUCAUUAUAUCCAAGUGGUUCGGAUACAACAAUACGAACCUUGUAUGGUCUUCCUAUGGGGACCACUGGCGUAACCUUCGCCGAAUCUCCACCAUUGAAAUCUUGUCCACCCAUCGCAUUCAAAUGCUCUCAAUGUUCCGUCUCGAAGAGGUCAAAUCUUUGAUUCGAAGACUCGCAAAUAAUGAAAACCAAAUUCAUAACAUGAAGAAUGAGUUUUUUGAUUUGACGUAUAACGUGAUGUUGAGAAUGCUCGUCGGAAAGCGGUUUUAUGGUGAGGAUGUGGACGAUGUAGACGAGGCAAAGAUAUUUAGGCAGUUACAAAUCGAUUUGGGUCAAUUGGGUGGAAAGUCCAUUUUACAAGAUUUUAUCCCAUUCGUAUCGUGGAUGGGAUUUGGUUCGACUAUAGAAAAUAAGAUAAUUGAAUGCCAUGUGAAAAGAGACACUUUUAUGCAGAAUUUGAUUGAUCAACAUAAGAAAAGAAUCGUUGAUCAAAAUAAAUCUAAUAACAUAUCUCAAGAUGGAAGGAGGAAGACGAUGAUUGAAGUAUUAUUAGAACUACAACAGUACAAUCCGGACCAAUAUACUGAUGAAACUAUUAGAGCCUUAAUGCUGGUUUUGUUGGCUGCAGGUACAGAAACAUCAGUUGCUGCAAUGGAAUGGGCUCUAUCUCUUAUGUUGAACCAUCCCAAAUUUUUAAAGAAACUACAAAAUGAGAUUGACAAUCAAGUUGGCCAUGACCGUUUGAUUGACGAGUCUGACAUGGCCAACCUUCCUAGUCUACGUGGCAUCAUCAAUGAGACCUUACGAAUGUAUCCUCCGGCUCCAUUAGUGGUACCACAUGAAUCAUCAAAAGACUGUACUAUUGGAGGAUAUCAUAUCCCACGUGGCACUAUUUUGUUUGUGAAUUUAUGGGCCAUUCACAACGACCCUAAGAUAUGGGAUAAUCCAAGAAAGUUCAAUCCAAAUAGGUUCGAGAGUUUAGAGAAUGAAAAAUUCGGGUUCAAUCUAAUACCAUUCGGGUCAGGUAGAAGAGGGUGUCCAGGAGAAGGAUUGGCUCUUCGAGUUAUUGGGCUUGUAUUGGGCGCAUUGGUCCAAUGUUUUGAAUGGGAGCGUCCUGGGGAGGAGUUGGUGGAUAUGACCGAAGGUGUUGCACUCACUAUGCCUAAGGCUCAUUGCUUGCAAGCUAAAUGUACGCCUCGACCCAUUGUUCAUCGUCUUCAUCUAUCUCAUAAAGAAUCCAACCCAUGAUUGUGGAUUCCAGAGUUCUUUUCUUUUCAAAACAUGUGUAAAUCUAGGUUAAAUUUUUUGAUGCAACAAGCUAGUUUGAUAACAAAAUAAGACUAUGUAUACAGAGAAUUAACACUAUGUUUUUGUAAUCAAAAUUGAAAAGUUUUAGGGAUACUUUACAAUGUUGAUAUUAUGCGAG